AUGCAGCUCUACUUCACCGUUCUUACCCUAACUUCCACCUCCGCCGUCCUUGCCGCGGUCCCCACCUACGGCCAAUGCGGCGGAACGUCCUACACCGGCGAGACCACCUGCGAUUCUGGCAGCGAGUGCACGGAGUAUAAUCCUUGGUACUCGCAGUGCGUCCCCUCCGCCAACUCCGGAUCCAACCCAGGUUCUGGCAACGGUGUAGCAUCCAGCUCUGGAGCCCCGGUCGCAAGCAGCAAUGCGGUCGCAGGACCUAGCAGCGGUGCUCCGGUGCCGUCCGGUAAUGCCAGUCUUCCAGUAGGAACGGGCGUGGGCACGGGUGUUGGCAGCGCAUUAACGACGAUGGUCACGCGUGCGAGCUCUGCUGCAGCGGCAUCUUCCACAGCUUUGGUAGUGUCCGAUGUAGCUGUUACCAGCUCGAUCGUCGUCACGCCAUCUACUUCCUCCUCUGUCGCCGCCGCCCCUAUCUCCACGGGUGCUGCUGUGAACAACACCGGCAGCAGCGCGAGCGGCGCGUCGUGCUCCAUCAACGAGGCCUUCAUAGCCAAGGGGAAGAAGUACAUCGGUGUGGCGGCUGAUAAGGGGACGCUCAGCGAUGCGACCAAUGAGCAGAUCAUCAAGGAUAACUUUGGGCAGGUUACGCCUGAAAAUUCCAUGAAAUGGGACGCUACCGAAAAUGUCGAAGGGACAUUCACCUUCACCGGCUCCGACGCCCUUGUAGACUGGGCGACUGCCAAUUCGAAGCUGAUCCGUGGGCACACGACGGUGUGGCACUCACAACUGCCCACGUGGGUGUCGUCGAUUACGGACAAGACGACGUUAGAGAAGGUCAUGAACACGCAUAUCGAGACGCUGCUUGGGCAGUACAAGGGGCAGAUCUAUGCUUGGGACGUUGUCAACGAGAUUUUCGCUGAAGACGGCAGCUUCCGCUCUUCCGUCUUUUACAACGUCCUAGGCGAAGACUUCGUCGCGACGGCCUUUAAGACCGCGCGCGCCGCCGACCCUGCCGCAAAACUCUACAUCAACGACUAUAACCUCGACUCUGCAUCCUACGCCAAGACCAAGGCCAUGGUAUCCAAGGUUACCGAGUGGGUCGCGGCGGGCGUCCCCAUCGACGGUAUUGGCUCGCAAUCGCACUUGGCUGGCAGCUGGCCUAUUUCGGACUAUCCUGCUGCGCUGAAGAGCAUCUGCGCUGUAGUGGAGGAGUGUGCCAUUACGGAGCUGGACAUCAAGGGCGCGGCGGCGAGUGACUAUGAGACUGCAGUGCAAGCGUGUUUGGAUGUUGACAACUGCGUCGGUAUCACCGUUUGGGGUGUCAGCGACAAGGACAGCUGGAGGGCGGACGCUACGCCGCUGCUUUUCGAUACGAGCUUCAAGGCUAAGGAUGCGUACAAUGGAAUCUGCAGCAUCUUGUAA